CAAAACUGGCGGCAUUCUGUGUGUUGUAGACAACGCAGGUUUAGUUUUUCUGAUGUUUUCGUUUUUAAAAGUCAUAUUUACCGUAAAUGCUAGCAGAUUUUAAAAUUAACGGGUGUUUUUAAAGUUGGAGUGAGGGUGUCGCCUUGUUGGGGGGCGUACAACCCGCUUGUGAACGUAGUAUAAACGUGACAUGGAUGGCGAGCAUUUAGAUGACGACUAUGUUCUGGCCCUACAGCUUCAGGAACAGUUCGACAAUGAACUGAGCGAUGCCGAGGUUGAAUAUAGUGGAGGGCCGGUUGUCCCCUGGAAGCCUGAGAGACCGCUGUCCAUCGUGGACGCGUCGUGGGAGACGUUGGACCCCACCCCUGACGUGCGUGCAAUGUUCCUGGAGUUCAACAACAGGUUUUUUUGGGGCAAACUGAGCGGUGUGGAGGUCAAGUGGAGCCCUAGGAUGACACUCUGUGCUGGCGUGUGUUCGUACGAGGGUCGCGGUGGACUUUGCUCCAUCAGACUCAGCGAGCCUCUGCUCAAACUCAGACCCCGGAAAGACUUGGUGGAGACACUCCUUCACGAGAUGAUCCACGCGUUGCUUUUCGUGACGCAGAACGACCGAGACCGUGACGGGCACGGGCCGGAGUUCUGCAAGCACAUGAACCGCAUCAAUAAGGACAGCGGCACCAACAUCACAAUUUACCACGACUUCAACGACGAGGUGGACGUGUACCGCCAGCACUGGUGGCGCUGCGACGGGCCUUGCCAGAAUCGCAAGCCCUACUUCGGAUAUGUCAAGAGGGCCAUGAAUCGGGCCCCUUCGUCGCUGGACCCCUGGUGGGGGGACCAUCAGAGGACGUGCGGGGGAACCUACACCAAAGUGAAGGAGCCGGAGGGAUAUGGUCAAAAGGGAAAGAAGAAGAGGGAGGCAAAAACAGGCGGGAAGUUGGCCACCAUGGAAAAACCUGCCGGAUCUCGCGACAUCCGUGACGUCAUCGCAUUCAGCGGCAAAGGUUUCGUCCUGGGCAGGAAUCCGAUGACAUCCCCUAGCCCCGCCUCCUCAUCAGUCAGUAAACCCGUCACGUCUUCUCCUCCGUCUCGAGUCUUCCCAGCUAUUGGAUCGCCGACACCCGCCAAAAAGUCGGUCGGUAACACCAAAUUCUUUGUCAACAUUAAUGGAUCACCGGUUAGGCUCCCAGAUCUUGGCGUUAGUGGUCGUGGCAGUAGCAUUAGCGUCGGAUCUGGCAAGCAGGAAGAUUCCAAAAAACUAAAGCAAACGUUGCUCGAUUCCUUGUUCAACAAGUCACCAAGCAAAUUGAUCAUCUCGGAUUCAUCUAGUGAAUCAAAUUCCCCGAUUUGGAUCGACCAAACUCCGUCCACGUCUAGUCAACACAGUAACGAUAAGCUAACGACAUGGAAGAAGCGACCUCUGGAUGAAACUGCUAGCGUUUACGAUCUCUUUAACAAGAAGCUGAAAGUGGAAUCCAAACAAGAUGAAGAAUCGACAGCAAGAAGUAGCGCCACCAGCGUUUCAGAACCUUCUUCUUCGUCUUCCAUGAUCAGGAUGGUCAACUGUCCCAUUUGUCAAGCUAGCGUGCAGGAAUCGAAGAUCAACGAGCAUCUGGACAUUUGCCUUUGCUAAACCGGUAGCCCUAAAAAUAGCGUUUGAAAUGUUUUGCACUAAAUACCCAGUUUGAACUUGAAUGCGUCUUUGAUAUUUUGCUGUUUUAAAGACACAUGUUGCCUUGAAAAAUGUAUUUAUUCUGAAAAACAAAAGCACUGCGUUCAUGUUCCUGCAGUGAGUCAGAUUGUCUUUAAAUUCGAUAUGACGUUACCAAAUAGAGCUUUUAUAUAUUUGCACAUGUUGACUUUUAUACAUUUGUAUGUUACAGUUUAGUACCUUUUACUGUUUGAAAUGAUAAUAAAGAUUGUUCAGUUCCAGUGGC